GCAGCAGCAGUAUAGCCUGUCGGAGCACGAGGUCUAGCUAGGGUACGAUUCUAUCUAGCAGAAGAUGGCGAGCAGGCUCGGUGUCGGCGUCCUGAUCUUGGCUGCGCUGCUGGGCCCCGCGACGGCUCAAGCAGGCUCUGGCUAUGUCGAGUAUACAGCUGCAGCUCCAGUCAUGACGCCGGAGGGCGCACCCACAUCAACUCCAGUGCCACCGACCCAAACCCCUCCGCCCCCUGGUCCAGGGCUCAGGUUCGGCUUCUACAGGCGCUCGUGCCCCCCGGCGGAGUACUUCGUCAGGGAGGUCGUCGCCAAGGCGAUCCGGAAGAACCCCGGCAUCGGCGCCGGCCUCAUCCGCAUGGCCUUCCACGACUGCUUCGUCCAGGGCUGUGACGGGUCCGUGCUGCUCGACGCGACGCCGGCGAACCCGCGCCCGGAGAAGCUCGGCCCGCCCAACUUCCCCAGCCUGCGGGGCUUCGAGGUCAUCGACACGGCCAAGGCGUUGCUUGAGAAGUUCUGCCCCGGCGUCGUCUCCUGCGCCGACGUCGUCCAGUUCGCCGCCCGCGACGCCGCCUUCUUCCUCAGCGGCUACAGGGUCAGCUACAGGCUCCCCGCGGGGCGCUUCGACGGCCGCGUCUCCUUCGAGAACGAGACGCUCGCCUUCCUGCCCCCGCCCUCCUUCAACCUCUCCGAGCUCGUCGAGAACUUCAGGGUCAAGGGCCUCGACGUCGACGACCUCGUCGUGCUCUCCGGCUCCCACAGCAUCGGCCGCUCCCACUGCUCCUCCUUCUCCGACCGCAUCUCCACGCCGCCCUCCGACAUGGACCCGGGCCUCGCCACCGUCCUCAGGGGGCAAUGCCCGUCCAAUCCCAACUUCACCAACGACCCCACGGUGGUGCAGGACAUCGUCACCGCCAACAGGCUGGACAACCAGUACUACAAGAACGUGCUGAGGCGCAAGGUGCUCUUCAACUCCGACGCGGCCCUGCUGACGUCGACGCAGACGGCGAGUAAGGUGCAAGAGAACGCGGUCAUCCGCGGGAGGUGGGAAAGGAAGUUCGCCAGAGCCAUGGUGAAGAUGUCGCUCAUCGAGAUCAAGAACUUCGCCAAUGGCGAGAUCAGGAAGAACUGCCGUGUCGUCAACUAGCUACUAGCUACGACGAGACAACGUACAUUUGUUACCACUUGCAGUUAAUAAUUGACCGCUCAUGUUGCAGCUAGCAUCUUUAUUUACAGUACAUUUGUUUCUUCAGACGCACGUUUUUUAUUCUUUUACUGCAUUCCGAUGAUCAUCAGGAAUUCAGAAUGGUUUCUCUUUUUCAAUUGCAAUUGCGAGAUGUAGUACUGGAUUAGAGAUCAGAUGAUGCAAUAAAGCUCCUUUGGUUUUUUUGGCUGAAUAA